AAAGGUAAAACGAAAAAAGCUUUGUUCAGUUGCAGACAAGACUGAGACUGAGAGAAAAAAGUGCAGGAAAAAAAUUGCUUGAUACCGGCAACACCACCAUGCCUGAGCUACCUGAAGUAGAAGCAGCAAGAAGAGCAAUCUCCGAUCAUUGUAUAGGAAAGAAAAUCAAAAGCUCAAUCAUUGCUGAUGAUUCAAAGGUUAUUGAUGCUGGUGGUCUAUCUCCAUCAGAGUUUCAAGCAUCUCUUGUUGGUAAAACUAUUGUAGCUGCUCAUCGAAAAGGCAAAAAUUUAUGGCUUCAGCUUGAUUCUCCUCCUUUUCCUUCUUUUCAAUUUGGAAUGGCUGGUGCUGUCUAUAUUAAAGGUGUUGCUGUUACCCAAUAUAAAAGGUCUGCAGUAAGUGAUACAGAUGAGUGGCCUUCCAAGUACUCCAAGUUCUUUAUAGAGUUAGAUGAUGGUUUAGAGAUGUCUUUUACUGACAAGCGACGAUUCGCCAAAGUGCGCUUGCUCAAAGAUCCAACGUUGAAGCCUCCAAUCUCCGAGCUUGGUCCAGAUGCGCUGCUGGAGCCUAUGACAACAGACGAGUUCUUUCAGUUACUGAGAAAGAAGAAGAUUGCUAUUAAGCCUCUUUUACUUGACCAGAGCUUCAUUUCGGGGAUUGGCAAUUGGAUCGCAGAUGAAGUGCUUUAUCAAGCAAGAAUUCAUCCUCUCCAAGUUUCUUCGAGCUUGUCCAAGGAGCACUGUGAAACUCUGCAAAAGUGCAUCAAAGAGGUUGUAGAGUUUGCGGUUGAAGUUGAUGCUGAUUGUAGCAAAUUUCCAAUUGAAUGGUUAUUUCAUUCUCGGUGGAACAAAAAGCCAGGAAAAAUGAGCGUUGAAGUUGGAGCUGACAGUAGUCAGUAUCCCAGUAAUUGGAUUUUCAAUUCUCGCGAAAAGAAACCUGGCAAGGCCUUUGUUGAUGGGAAGAAAAUUGAUUUCAUAACGGCAGGAGGCAGGACAACUGCUUAUGUGCCAGACUUGCAAAAGCUUACUGGAGAACAAGCUAAGAAGGCAGCACUUGAACCAAAAGAACAAACGUCAGAUGGAGAUGAGGAUGAAGAAAAUCUGGAAGGGAAGAAGGGAAAUAAAUCAAAACCAAAGAAAGCCCAGACCAAAAAGCCUCCUGCAAAAAGGAAAGGUAAGGCAACUAGUGACAAUGAUAAUGACAGUGAAGAUGACGAGAUGGAGGAGAAAAAGGUCGCAAAAGGUAAACAAUCUAAGGCAAAGGUUGAAACAUCAGACAAACCAAAAGGCCGUCAAAGCAAGAACUCAAAGAAAACUUAGAACUUCAUAUCCUUUAUCAUAUGAACAUCUGUUUAAUUAGUUUAGAGUUCAAAACUUAAUAUUUGUAAUUUCGGUCAUGCUUUGACUUUGAAUUGUAGGGAGAAAUCACAAUUUGAUGCAACACUUUUUUUUGGCAUUAAUAGAAGUGUUAUCUGCAACAUUUUUUCUGGUAAA